AUGGGCGUGGGCGGCGUUGUCGUGGGCGGCAUUGAUGUGGGCGGCGUUGAUGUGGGCGGCGUUGACGUGGGCGGAGUUGGCGUGGGCGGCGUUGGCGUGGGCAGUGAUAGAGGUGGUGGUGGUGGAAGGGAAUGGGAUGGUCACGGAGGUGUGACCAUGCCGCUAAAAGGAGACGUGACGAUAUGGCACGCCCUCAAUCCACUGGACUGGGACUGGACUCAGGAAAGUGGCUGGCAGUCCAGUGGGAGUCCAGUGGACUGGACUGGACUGGACUGGACUGGACUCCAGUGGACUGGGCAUUCUGCCAGCCAAUCUGGCCUGUACAGGCAGUUUCAAGAAUUUCAGCCCAAAAUUUUGGCGCGCCCACUAAAAAUUCGCUAA